AAGCGACUGAAAUGGACCCAAUAAUGUCUCGAGUCAUGCGUUGGUUACUGCACGGAUGUCGGAAUUGUCAGCCCAUAAACAUUGUUUGCUCUGGGGAAAUCGGGUGGUAAUACCGCCGAAGUACCAAAAGCAAAUAUUGGAACUACUGCACGCAUACCAUUCCGGAAUAUGCGUAAUGAAGGCUAAUGCUCGUAGCUAUGUAUGUUGGCCCGAGAUGGAUAAACAGAUCGAAUUGAUGGUAGCCCAGUGUGGAAAAUGUCAGUCAGUAAUGAAGAAUCCUCCAGCAGCACCGCGGCAACAUAUUCCGGCUAGAGAAGAGCCUUGGGAGACAUUGCACAUUGAUUUUGCUGGGCCGUUCCAAGGGUACGUAUUCUUAGUGGUUGUAGACGCUAUGUCAAAAUGGCUCGAUGUCAAAAUAGUAAAAAAUAUGGCAGCUUCGGAAGUCAAGCGUACACUACGGGAAGUAAUCGCGACUCACGGGGUGCCCAAGCGAAUCAUUUCGGAUAAUGGCACGGCUUUCGUGUCGGCGGAAAUGAAAGAUUUCUACGCUUCGAACGGAAUUAAAUUUAGUUCCACGGCACCAUAUCACCCGUCUAGCAAUGGGCAAGCGGAACGCAUGGUCCAGUAUCUGAAAGAUUCACUAAGACGAAUGACUGAAGGAGACAUGGAAACGAAGUUGCAGCGUGUUCUUUUCAAACAACACACCACUCCCAACACAACAACGGGUAGGACACCGGCAGAGAUGCUGAUUGGUCGACAGCUGCGUACGGUUCUAGGUAUGGUGCAUCCUGAUGAUGGCAACGAGAACGCGUUAAUAAAUAUGCCAAUUAAUCAGAAGUCACUGGACCGGUUUCCUAUGUGGUCGAAUCGACAGACAAAAGAAUCGGCCGUCGGCAUGUGGACCAGACACGUCGGAGAAUAG